AAAAAAUUAGAUUAAGAGAUGAAUUGUCGCAUACUUGAAUUAGGUUUUGUAGUCACUUGUAAAUAUCGUGAAAGAAGUGUUAUUUGAAUAAAUUUCCUACACAACUUUGCAGAGACUAUAGAUUAUAACUGAUGAUGCCCACGAAAGAAAAUUCACUCGAAGAAAAUGUAUUGCCUUUUGAAACAGAUUACCUGCCGGAUUUUGUUUUGAAAAAAGCUGUUGUGGAACUGAACGAAACAUCUGAAAACAAAGUUCAGAUGUUAGAAUCUCUCAAAGAAUUAGCAUCAGAUUUAGGGAAAAUUGCUGAUUUUAUUUUCGAAGAUGAUUUUUUGCGAGUUUUUUUAAGGUAUAGCAAGUACAACAUAUCAAAGGCCUUUGCUCAACUUCGAAACUUCGUGCACUUUAGAAGAAAGUACGACAGUCUUUUUGAAAGUAUUCCGGAGGAGUAUUUCGUCACCAAAAAAUCGGCUGAAUUCUUUAGUGUACUUCCUUACAGAGAUUCUCAUGGGUGUACCUUGGUCUUACUCGAACUAGGAAAAUGGGAUCCAGCAGAGCUUCACAUUGAUGACUUUAAGCGAUUGACGUUGGCGGUGUAUCUUCAAGUCCUUCGUGAUCCAAUGACACAAAUCAAUGGAUUCCAAGUGAUUCACGACUUCAGCGGCACGUCAAUCGAGCAUCUUCGAUACUGCACUCCACAGAAUCUCUAUUUUCUCUAUCAUGGAGCCUUAAAUUGUUUUCCUACACGCUACAAAGGAAUCCACAUGGUCAAUGAAUCCGUCGUAUUGAAAGCUUUGUGGGCAAUAAUCAAGAAUUUUUUGCCAGAAAAGUUGAAAAAAAGAAUUUUAUUUCACUCAAACCCAAAAGAUUUAUUAAAUUUUUUUCCUCCUUCAAUACUUCCUACGCAAUAUGGUGGAGAUCUCAUUCAUUAUCAUAACAAGAAUAUGAUAAAGAAGAUGAAUGCUGAAUUUGGAAAGUCUCCUUUUGGCGGAGAUCCAAACUUUUACUAACAUUUUUAUGGAGCACUAAAGGAACUUUAACAAUAUUGUAUAUUUUAAGCAUUCAAAAAAUAAA